AAAGUUCAGGAAAAGUUCGCCACAUUAAUUUGCCCGUGAAUUUUUUGGCAAAUCUUCUGGUGAAUGCAUGGAUUGGUGGUGUAUGACUACGAUGAGUCAAUAAUAAGUCACUGCUAGAGUCAUACCAAUCGUUCCAGCCAUACUGCUGCUCGAAACGGUUGGCACUGCCCUCCAAAAAUGCCACAGAUUGACGGAACAACGACAGCGAUAUUACUGGAAGAACGUCCAUCAAAACGAGUAAGGCCAUCCCCUGUAAAUGAUGUUCAUACUGGUGAUGGCCUUGAGUCGGGAGUGAAGCCUCAUCCUCUAAGAAUUCGCCCAUCUGGGAAUGCUUACACAUCGAGAACCAACUUGAAAGCAGGUGCAGGGGCAUUCCAGCGACUAGAAGACGAAUUGCUAAUGAGUCUGCUCGAAAUCUUGAGCCCUGGAGAUCUAGCAGGGCUGGGAAGGACUUGCAAAUUCUUAUAUGCGUUCACGAGGCAUGAUGAGCUUUGGCGAGACUUGUUUAUUAGACAAGGUCACUCAAACUUCAAAUGGCACGGUUCAUGGAGAAACACAUUGCUUGGGCUCCCACAAGCCAAAGCCAGUGCCAUCGACUGCAGCAACGUGUUUGCUGAUGCUUUAUACCGCCCUUAUCAGUGUGCUUGCAUUAAUGUUCCUGAAUUUGUGUCCAACAUUCCAUCAGGAAAUGAGGUCCCUCGUCUCUCAGACCUGUCAUUUGAGGAGUACUCUGGGGAGUGGCAGCAUAAACCAUUCAUUUUAACCGAGCCAGUGAAACAAUGGCCCAUCUAUCAAGAAUGGUCGGUGGAGACACUCCUUGAAAAGCACAGAGACAUCAUAUUUCGAGCCGAAGCUGUGGACUGGCCACUGGAAAAGUACGUCGACUACAUGAAGGACAAUAACGAUGAGAGCCCCUUGUACCUCUUCGACCAUGAUUUUGCCGAGAAGAUGAAUCUUUCAAUCGACAGCAACAAGACCCAAGCCUUGGAUUACUCCCCUCCGUCCUGUUUCGGCCCAGAUCUCUUUACUCUCCUCGGUUCGGACCGACCACAUCACCGAUGGCUCAUCAUAGGUCCAGCACGGAGCGGCAGCACUUUCCAUAAGGACCCUAACAAUACCUCUGCCUGGAACGCUGUGAUAACCGGCUCCAAAUAUUGGCUUAUGUUUCCAUCCUCAUCAAAUACUCCACCUCCCGGUGUGUUUGUAACCUCCGACGGCGCCGAAGUGACCGCGCCCCUGAGCAUCGCCGAGUAUCUCCUCACCUUCCACGAGAUCGCCCGACGAACGCCCGGCUGUCGAGAAGGGAUUUGUCAUGCUGGAGAGGUUCUGCAUGUCCCGGCAGGCUGGUUCCACAUGGUCGUUAACCUGGAGGAUGGCAUCGCGGUGACACAGAAUUUCGUGCCCGAGAGCAAGUUGCCUGAUGUGCUGGCGUUCAUGAGGGACUCGCCGGAACAGGUGAGCGGGUUUUCGGAGACGGUGAGCGAUCCAUACGAGACGUUCGUGGCGCGCCUGCGGGAAAGUUGCCCGGCAGUUCUAGAGGAUGCGUUAGCCGUCCUGGAGAAGAGGAAGGGUGGGCAAGGAAGAUGGGAGCGGUUGGUAAAAGCGACAGAGGUCGAUGGUGGUAGCUUCUCGUUUGGAUUUGGGGAUGACGAUGUCCCUUGAGAAGCAUCUUGACCGGUUAGCUGCCCCGUCUAUAGAUAGCUCCAGUCGCGAGACUAUGCAUAAUCGAAUGCUGCUUUGCCGCUUAGG